AUGACAGGUGGGCUCAGCGAGCUGAGCUUUGGCUUCGCGGGCUCAGGUGACGAUGAGAAGAGCCGUGAGUUCCAGCGGUCAUCUGCACCACCCGACCGCUGUGUUGGCCUUGGACAAGGGACCGGAGGGCAAAUUUCGAGAAGCUGCCUUGGACUGGUGGGCGCGCAGACUCUGAAAGACAUUCGGGCAGGCUUCCAGGCGCAGGUGAGUAAGGAGGUGGAGCCAAAGCCUCUGGGGGCCAUGAGCCCCUCGAGCCUUGCUGUCAAAGCAGCAGAAAGGGAGACGCCCAUCUCGCCACACUCUCCAUCUGCAACACCCAGGGCUGCUGUGACGGGUGCCAUGUUCAGCUUCUCGGAGCCACAGGGGAUGUGGUACAGCCUCCUGGUGAACGACAUGGGCCCAUCACCUCAAGAGGACCUCGACAAGGUGGUCUCGCACCGCUGGAGCUUUCAAGGCGCUCUGGAGCUCGCCUCGCAAGGAAAGAGUAUUUGCUACUUCAUCCUGUGCCUGCUGGAGAUCCAGAGGAAUAUCCAGAUGGACCAGGAAGGGGAGGCUCUGCAUCCGAGCCUGUUGGAUGCGUGCAAGACGUUCGUGCGGUGCCAGUGCAGGGAAGGGAAAAUGGGUGAGAUGUACCAGGUGCUUACGCAUUUCAUCAGCAACUCCCUGAUUUUCUUCGAGUGGGAGAGGUUCUUGAACGAGAUCUUCCAAGAUGCGCGAGCCCACCAGGAGCGCUUCCUGGCGAUCCACCUCGAGCAAGUUUGGACGAGAUACAAGAGGCUGAAAGAUAUCCUUGAAGCCAUGUUCGACUACCUGGAUGCGAACUUCACUUGGCGCCACCGCCUUCCGAAGGCAAGCUCGCUGCCAGCAUGA